AUGUACAGAACUACAAGGUCCUCUAUGAUGCAGCCAAUGAUCAACUCAGGAAUGGGCAUGGCUCCCUUCUUCAAGGUGACCGUGUUCGAGCAGGAGCAUUUCCAGGGAAAGUUCAUGGAGUUCACCUCCGAGUGCUGCAACGUUCAGGAGUGCGGGAUGGACAACAUCCGCUCCAUCAGGGUGGAGAGCGGAGCCUGGGUGGGUUUCGAGCACCACGACUUCCAGGGCCAGCAGUUCAUCCUGGAGAGGGGAGAGUACCCCCACUGGGACGCCUACAGUGGCAACAUCUCCUACCACGUGGAGCGCCUCAUGUCCCUGCGCCCCAUCUACUGUGCCGUGAGUACCCCCACAGACAGGGGGGGGGGGCGGGAGGUGACCGGCGGGAGGCCUGAACCUGUCUGUAACCCCCCCCCCACCUCCGCUCAGUCCCACCAGAGCAGCCGCAUGAUCAUCUUCGAGAGGGAGAACUUCAUGGGCCGCAGCUCGGAGAUCUGUGAUGACUACCCCUCCCUGCAGGCCAUGGGCUGGAUGAUGCCGGAGGUCGGAUCCAUGCACCCCCGCCCGCCCCCCCUGUCCUCCCCUCCUGUGCCCCCCUCCUGUCCCCCCUGCAGCUUCGUGUGCUACCAGUACCCCGGCUACAGGGGCCAGCAGUACAUCAUGGAGUGUGAGAGACACAGCGGAGACUACCAGCACUGGAGGAACUGGGGCUCCCACUGUCAGACCCCCCAGAUCCAGUCCAUCAGGCGUAUCCAGCACUGA